AUGCAGGACGACGGCUUCGAGGCUCUUUUGGAGCCUUUCUACAACGGAAAGAAGCUCACCGACCCCAUCUCGACUAAGGAAGACAAAUUUCAGCUGCUGCCCGCCUUCCUCAAGGUGAAGGGUCUCGUCAAGCAGCACAUCGACUCGUACAACUUCUUUGUCGAGAAUGAAAUCAAGGAGAUUGUCCGCGCCAACCGCAUCAUCCGAAGUGACGUCAACAGCUCCUUCUGGCUUGAGUUCACUGAUAUCAGAGUUGAGCGGCCCAGUCGCGUCGACUUCAAUGACAUCAGGGCUCAGAAUGAGGUCAGCCCGAUGGAAUGUCGCCUGCGCGACAUGACUUACGCCGCGCCCAUCAUGGUUGACAUCGCCUACAUCCGCGACAAGUCCAAGAUUGUGCGGAAGAAUGUCCCGCUUGGCCGCCUGCCCGUCAUGUUGAAGAGCUCCAUCUGCAGACUCGGCGGGGCCAACAACGCAGAAAUGUCACGCAUGAACGAGUGCCCGUUGGAUCCCGGCGGUUACUUCAUCAUUAACGGCACGGAAAAGGUCAUUCUUAUUCAGGAACAGCUCAGCAAGAACCGUGUCAUCGUCGAAGCCGAUGAGAAGAACAGCGUCAUUACGGCCUCCGUUACCAGUUCUACCCACGAGCGCAAGUCCAAGACGUACGUGACGCUCAAGAAGGACCGGAUUCUUUUGACGGCCAAUAUCUUGGUCGAGGGCAUCCCAAUUGUCAUUAUCCUGAAGGCCUUGGGAGGCUUGACAGAUUACGAAAUCAUGCAGCUCGUUGCCGGCGACAACGGAAAAUAUCAGGAUGAGUUCCUCGUCCAGUUUGAGGAAGCAACCAAGGUCGGCGUCUACACACAACAGCAGGCACUGGAAUACAUCGGCGCGAGAGUCAAGAUGGGCAAGAGCAGAGUCCCCUUUGCUGCACAGGUCCGACGGAACCACGUUGAGGAAGCCCUUGACGCCUUGGCAAACCUCAUUAUUGCCCACGUCCCCAUCGAGGGCCUGGACUUCUACCCCAAAGCUGUUUACGUGGCGUUCAUGACGCGGCGUGUUCUCAUGGCGCAAAGCGACCCUAGUCUUGUUGAUGAUCGUGACUUCGUCGGAAACAAGCGUCUCGAGUUGGCUGGUCAGCUCCUCUCGCUGCUUUUUGAGGAUUUGUUCAAACAGUUCUGCGGCAAUGUCAAGAGCAGCAUCGACAAGGUUUUGAAAAAGGACAAUCGAGCCGUACCCCUCGAUGCUGUCAACAUGAUCAGCAACCACGCCAACAUGAUCGGGCAGGGCAUCAACCGAGCUAUCCAGACGGGCAACUGGACUGUCAAGCGUUUCAACAUGAACCGAGCCGGUGUCACCCACGUCCUCAGUCGUCUCAGCUACAUCAGUGCCCUUGGUAUGAUGACAAGAAUCAGCUCGCAGUUCGAAAAGACCCGUAAAGUCAGUGGUCCCCGUGCACUUCAGCCAUCGCAAUGGGGUAUGCUGUGUACGUCAGAUACGCCCGAAGGUGAAGCCUGCGGUUUGGUCAAGAACUUGGCUCUCAUGACACAUAUCACAACCAACGUCGAGGAAGCGCCCGUCAAGCGAUGGGUCUUUACCCUCGAUGCAGGCGUCGAACCCAUCAGAAACUUCUCAGGCGGCGAGAUGCAUCGCGAGACUUCAUACGUCAUUCACAUCAACGGAACGCCCUUCGCACUGACCAGAUACCCGAAGCGAUUUGCUGGCAAGUUCAGGACGAUGCGGAGACGCGGUUGGAUCUCUCCUUUCGUCAGCAUCCAUAUCAAUAACCACUUUAACGCCGUUCACAUUGCGACCGACGAAGGACGUAUUUGCCGACCUUACAUUAUUGUCAAAAACGGUAAACCCAAGCUCAAGGAAGAGCAUCUGCGACUGCUGCAGCUAGGCAAGGCCACUUUUGACGACUUCCUGACGCACGGCAUCGUCGAGUAUCUCGAUGUCAACGAAGAGAAUGAUACUCUUGUGGCUCUUUACGAGAAGGACGUCACCCCCCUCACCACGCACAUGGAGAUCGAGCCAUUCACCGUUCUUGGUGCAGUUGCCGGUCUCAUUCCUUUCCCGCACCACAACCAGUCGCCUAGAAACACCUACCAAUGUGCCAUGGGUAAGCAAGCCAUCGGCGCAAUCGCAUACAACCAGUUCAACCGUAUCGACACAUUGCUAUACACGCUUGUCUAUCCUCAGAGGCCAAUGGUUAUUUCCAAGACAAUCCAACUGGUCAACUACGACAAACUGCCCGCCGGACAGAACGCAACAGUUAUUGUCAUGUCAUAUUCUGGAUACGAUAUCGAGGACGCUCUGGUGUUGAACAAGGCAUCCUGCGAUCGCGGUUUCGGACGUUGCCAAGUAUUCCGUAAAUACACGGCUGAGCUGCAGAAGUACCCGAACGGCCGACGAGAGCGCAUUGGAGACCCGGUGAACGACGAGAACGGAAGAACGACCAAGCACGAAGCCCUGGACGAUGACGGCUUGGCUAUCGUGGGAUACAAGGUCAACUCGGGCGAGGUCAUGAUCAAGAAGGAAACACCUCUUGAUACGGGAUCCACUGGCAUCGGUAUGGACCGCGGACCCAGCGAAUUCCGCGAUUCUUCGAUCUCGUACAGAAUCGCAGACCCCGCAUACAUCGACAAGGUCAUGGUCUCCCACACGGAGAGGGAGACGAUGGUGGUCAAGGUUCAAACACGACAGACAAGAAGACCCGAACUUGGAGACAAGUUCUCGUCCCGUCACGGACAAAAGGGUGUCGUGGGCAUUAUCGUUGACCAGGAAGAUCUACCAUUUUCGGACACGGGCCUGGUCCCCGACAUCAUCAUGAACCCCCACGGUUUCCCCUCUCGUAUGACUGUCGGCAAGCUGCUCGAGUGCUUGACUGGAAAAGCUUCAGUCUUGGACGGGCGGAAGGACUAUGGUUUCGGUGACGCCUUCCGCUCCCAUCCCCUGGAGCAGAUGAGCGCUGCGUUGGUUGACCACGGCUUUUCGUGGGAAGGCAAAGACUACUUCACCUCGGGUAUCACCGGCGAGCCAUUGGAGGCCUACAUUUUCAACGGACCCAUCUACUACCAGCGUCUGAAGCACAUGGUUCAAGACAAGAUGCACUCUCGUUCCCGGGGUCCCAGGGCCAUUCUCACACGCCAGCCGACGGAAGGUCGAUCCCGCGACGGUGGUCUUCGUUUAGGUGAGAUGGAGCGCGAUUGUUUGAUCGCGUACGGAGCUUCCCAGCUGCUCUUGGAGCGUCUCAUGAUCAGCUCCGACGGAACUCAGAUCGACAUUUGCCAACAGUGCGGGUUGUUCGGCUACAAGGGCUACUGCCACACGUGCAAGAGCACCAGAGAGGUCACGCAGAUGACGAUGCCGUAUGCAGCCAAGCUUCUCGUGCAAGAACUGAUCAGUAUGAACGUCGGCGUGCGGUUGCAGCUCGAGGACGAGUUUCCCCACCCGAGAUGA